GCGCUCGAUGGGCCGGAGCAGGUAAGGCUCCGGCGGCGGCGGCAGGGCGGCCACCCCAGCUCAGUGCGGGGUGCACAUCAUCUGAAGUGAGGGGUGGGCACGAGCAAGAGGGUCGAGUGGAUCCGAGGUGGGUGGACCACGACAGAUUGGAUCCUGCUUGGGACUGGAUCUGCUGUGUCAGCGCCGCCCGAGAUGGAACUGGAAGAGGGGAAGGCAGGCAGUGGACUUCGCCAAUAUUAUCUCUCCAAGAUUGAAGAACUCCAGCUGAUUGUAAACGAUAAGAGCCAGAAUCUCCGGAGACUGCAGGCACAGAGGAAUGAGCUGAAUGCAAAAGUUCGCCUGUUGCGGGAGGAGCUGCAGCUGCUGCAGGAACAGGGCUCCUACGUUGGAGAAGUAGUGCGCGCCAUGGAUAAGAAAAAAGUGUUGGUCAAGGUCCAUCCGGAGGGCAAAUUUGUUGUUGAUGUGGACAAGAACAUCGACAUCAACGAUGUGACGCCCAAUUGCCGGGUUGCUCUAAGAAAUGACAGCUACACUCUGCAUAAGAUCCUGCCUAAUAAGGUGGACCCUCUAGUGUCACUAAUGAUGGUGGAAAAGGUGCCAGACUCAACUUACGAGAUGAUCGGUGGGCUGGACAAGCAGAUCAAGGAGAUCAAAGAAGUGAUCGAGCUGCCAGUGAAGCACCCUGAGCUCUUUGAAGCCCUGGGCAUUGCACAGCCAAAGGGAGUGCUUCUGUAUGGACCUCCAGGCACUGGAAAGACACUGUUGGCCCGAGCUGUGGCUCAUCAUACGGAUUGUACCUUCAUUCGUGUCUCUGGCUCUGAGCUGGUACAGAAAUUCAUUGGGGAAGGGGCAAGAAUGGUCAGGGAGCUGUUCGUCAUGGCACGAGAGCAUGCCCCGUCGAUCAUCUUCAUGGAUGAGAUUGACUCUAUCGGCUCUUCACGGCUGGAGGGGGGCUCUGGAGGGGACAGUGAAGUACAGCGCACAAUGCUGGAACUGCUCAACCAGCUGGAUGGCUUUGAGGCCACCAAGAAUAUCAAGGUUAUCAUGGCUACUAAUAGGAUUGAUAUCCUGGACUCUGCCCUGCUUCGUCCUGGGAGGAUUGACAGAAAAAUCGAAUUCCCACCUCCCAAUGAGGAGGCCCGGCUGGACAUUCUGAAAAUCCACUCUCGGAAAAUGAACUUGACCAGGGGGAUCAACCUGAGAAAAAUUGCUGAGUUGAUGCCGGGAGCUUCGGGGGCUGAAGUAAAGGGCGUGUGCACGGAAGCCGGCAUGUACGCUCUGAGAGAACGGCGUGUCCACGUUACUCAGGAGGACUUUGAGAUGGCAGUAGCCAAGGUCAUGCAAAAGGAUAGUGAGAAAAAUAUGUCCAUCAAGAAGCUAUGGAAGUGAGGGUAUGUCCCUUGUGUGGAUCCCUCAAAUAAAGGUCUGUGCGAUAAA